AUGCCCAUCGCAUUGGUCGCGCGUGAGCAGAAAAAACUUGUUGUCGAAGAACUUCCUUUGCCUAAAUAUGGAUCGAAAGAACUCCUAAUUAAAGUUACUCAUGUUGCACAGAAUCCAACAGAUUGGAAACAUGUUCACUUUGGUCUUGCCAAACCUGGAUCUAUUGUUGGUUGUGAUUUUAGUGGUAUAGUUGUCAAAGUAGGCAAAGAAGCUGUUGGUAUGUAUAUAAAUAUACUUUCUUAUUAUUAUCCAAAUAUUUCGUCGACAGACUUCUAG